AUGUACACCUUUCCCACGCGGUAUCACCUCAUCAUUCACGGCGUCCUCACGUCCCUGACCGACGGGGUUCGACGCACUGCCAUCCCGACCACCCGGGCUCAGCCUGUGGGCCGUGUGGUCCGGCUCUGCUUCAUCUUGUUGCAGGUGACUUACUUGGCGCGGGUGUUCGGGUGGGUAUUUUCCACUGAUGAUUCGACUUCCUGUACGGACAUUACGGGCCCGCUGGUCUUUGACGUGUUCAAGCGAAUGUCCCAGUGCGGUAGGCGUGGCGCAGAAGGUGUCGUUCACCAAUAUUUGGAUCAGUGCGUCACCAGCGAUAAUGGCGAUUCCCUCGCGGCUGUCAUGGGCCAGGAAACAGCGUCCAAUCAAGUGAACGUCACUGGACACACCACGCGGGUAUUUGAUUUGGAGUCAUUGCUUCAAACCGGUGCACCGUCACGGCAAACACAUACAAUCGAGGUGACGCCCCCUUUGUCAGCCACGCUGAUAAUGAACAUGGGCACAUGUGUACUUGAUCCCGAAGUGCCGCUCGAAUUAUCGGUGGCAAUUGAUGCCACUACAGCCGUGAAUAUCACCGCGCGAGGGCGCCAAGAGCGCACAAUGGAAGAUGUCGAGGGUUUCAAGGAAUGCACCGAGGAACAGGAAGCACUCAAUCGCAUCUACAUGCAAGAGCAAUACAUUCACAAUCGACUCGAUGCGUACGUGAGCGGCACGGCGUUUGACCGAAUUCCUCUGGAUGCGGCGGCAGCCGUGGGCAUUUUGCAACGACGGUCGGCGGCCGGGGUGUGGAGCGAGUUUCCAUCGAUGGAUGAUCUGCGUAAUCUACUGAUCGCAUCGGCCAGCCACGCGCUGGGUGUACCGGAAAACCGACUGCAAGCGUUGGACACGGAGGUCAUUGCGGCGCUCAUCAUCGACCCGGAGGCGUUGCGGCUUGGCAUCGAUGAAGGCGUCCAAGCCCACCGCCGCAGCGUGCCCGGCGAGCCGCCCGACCUUCCCGCUGACCUUGUCUAG